CAGAGUCAAUGGCCAUGUUAUUUUGAAGCUGACCAGGAAAAUAAAUAGAGAGGUCCUAUGAUACAGUUAAGAAGAAGACAAGCAGAGAAAUGGGCUCAAAUUUUCAGAAAAAUGGCUUCUUGUAGCUGGAAUUCUGCUUCGAUUAUUGCCAUAUCCCUUUGUCUUCUCCUUCUCACUUCUAUGAGUUGUGCUUUCUGUUCUGCUGAGGUGAAUACGACAACACUUCAGCUCAGGAAGUAUAGGAAGAUAAAAGCUCAUCUAAGAAGGCUUAAUAAGCCUUCAGUGCAAACAAUUCAGAGUCCUGAUGGUGAUAUUAUAGACUGUGUGCCAACAAAUUUACAGCCUGCUUUUGAUCAUCCUCUCCUCAAAGGACAGAAGCCAUUGGAUUCGCCUGAAAGGCCGAGAGAUAAUUCCAGGGACACAAAUUUGAUGGAAGAAAGGUUCCAGUUAUGGAGGAAUGCAGGAGAGUUCUGCCCGGAAGAAACUGUUCCGAUUCGAAGAACCAGGGAAGAAGAUUUAUUGAGAGCAAGUUCUGUUCGCUGGUUUGGGAGGAAGACUGUUUCAAGAUUCAGGAGAGAUUCAGAUAGCAGUGGCCAUGAGCAUGCGGUUGGAUAUGUAUCUGGAGAGGAGUACUAUGGAGCAAAAGCCAGCUUAAAUGUAUGGACUCCUACGGUUAAAAGCUCAUUAGAAUUCAGCUUAUCACAAAUUUGGGUCAUCUCCGGAUCAUUCGGAGAAGAUCUCAACACCAUUGAAGCAGGAUGGCAGGUCAGCCCAGAAUUAUAUGGAGAUAGUUAUCCGAGGUUCUUCACUUACUGGACAACGGAUGCAUAUCAAGCUACAGGAUGCUACAAUCUUUUGUGCUCGGGCUUCAUCCAGACUAAUAAUAGGAUAGCAAUUGGAGCUGCCAUUCAGCCUGCGUCAACUUAUGGUGGGGGUCAAUUUGACAUUAGCAUUCUUAUCUGGAAGGACCCAAAUCAUGGGAACUGGUGGCUAGAAUUGGGAUCAGGCCAGCUUGUGGGCUACUGGCCAUCAGUCCUCUUCAGCCACCUUGCAGAUCAUGCAAGCAUGGUUCAAUUUGGCGGAGAGAUAGUGAACACUCAGCCCUCUGGCUUCCACACAUCAACGGAAAUGGGAAGCGGCCAUUUUUCUCAGCAGGGCUUUGGAAAAGCUUCCUACUUUAGAAAUCUUCAGCUUGUUGAUUGGGAUAACAGCCUUGUUCCGGUCGCCGGACUCCGGCUGCUCGCCGACCACCCCGGUUGCUAUGAUAUACAAGGAGGAUUCAGUGGUGUGUGGGGAAAUUAUUUUUAUUAUGGGGGGCCUGGAAGGAACAUGAAAUGUCCUUGAGGAUAUGACUCCAUUUUUUUUUUUUUUGGUCGAGUGUUGGGACUUCAGCAGGGGUUUUGAAGAAUUGUGUAUAUUUGGUGUGAGGUAUAGUGAAGAAGAGAAUGUGUAUACGAUUGGGAUUCCUUUUGAUUUUU